UGCAAUUUUUAAAUUUUGCGGUCUCAAAUCUUAAGAAUAAAAAUUUGUAUAUGUGUGUCUUGAAACAUAACGUUUGUUUAUCGAAUUUGAUAUUUCAACGAUUACAUUUAUGUGUCCUUGUUCUUUUUUUUAUGAAUCGCAGUAGAUUUACGCGUUAAUUUUGCACUGCUGUUGUUAUGAUAAUUGAAUACAUAAUACCGUCAAAAUGUUGAUGUUGAUACUCUUAUUGGUUGCGGCGGUAUUCCUCUUUUAUUAUUUUAUGGUAAAACCAUUAGAUUAUUGGAAAGACAGGGGAGUUAAGCAAGGGAAUCCGAUGUGGAUAGCUGGUGAUAACUGGGGCAUCCUCUCGAGGACGGAAAGCUCUGUCAAAAUGUUACAACGCGUUUACAAUCAAUGUCCAGAUGUCAGAUACUCAGGAAUGUACCAAUUCCUGGUGCCGGCUUUGGUAGUCAAAGACCCAGAUUUGAUAAAACAAAUAACAGUUAAGGAUUUCGACCAUUUUACAGAUCACAAGAGUAUCUUUCCUGAAACCGCUGAACCCCUGUGGGGCAAGAAUCUGAUAUUUCUCAAAGGUCAAAAGUGGCGUGACAUGAGAACAAUUCUCAGUCCAUCAUUCACCACCAGCAAGAUAAAGACUAUGUUCUUUCUAAUAUCGGAAUGCGCUGAGAACUUUGUUCAGCACUUCCUGAAAAAGAAGGAAGACGUCGUGACGGUAGAAUUUAAGGAUAUUUUCACUCGUUUCACAAAUGACGUGAUAGCGUCCACAGCUUUUGGAAUCCAAGUAGAUUCCUUGGCCCAGCCAAACAAUACUUUCUAUCUGCUGGGUAAGGAAGCUACAAACUUAGAUAGCUUUAAAAAUAUUUUCAAAUUCUUCGCAUAUUUCGUAUUUCCAAGAAUUUCUAAUUUCCUGAAGAUACAGUUGUUCUCGAACGAAGUGAGGGCGUCCUUCCAGAAAAUUGUGAAGGAUACAAUCAAAAUGAGAGAAGAGAAGAAUAUCGUUCGGCAAGACAUGACAAAUCUAUUAUUGGAGGCAAAAAAGGGAGUUCAGAAACAGGAGGAAAAUGAUGUGAUCGACACAGGACUUCCCACUGCUAAGGAAAGUGAUUUAAUGAAAUCAACCAAACCACCCACAGAAAUAACAGAUGUGGACAUCGCAGCGCAAGCUAUGAUAUUCUUUUUCGCCGGUUUUGAGAGUGUAUCGACACUCAUGUGUUUCUUGGCCUAUGAACUGGCUGCUAAUCCAGAUAUCCAGGACAGGUUAAGGGAGGAGAUUAGGUCUGCGCUAGAAAAAUGUGAAGGUAAACUCACGUACGAAGAUAUUCUCGAGAUGAAGUAUAUGGAUAUGGUUGUCUCAGAAGCUCUGAGAAAAUGGCCCUCUACCAUAGCUACAGACAGGGUUUGUACAAAACCCUACACCAUAGAACCAACCACGCCUGGUGAGGUACCUUUAUAUCUGGAAAAAGGCACUUUAAUUAUGCUACCCAUAUACAGCAUACACCACGACCCAAAGUAUUUUCCAAACCCAGAGCGUUUCGACCCUGAGAGAUUCAGCGACGAAAACAAAGGCGACAUCAAACCCUACACCUAUUUCCCGUUUGGUGUGGGUCCUCGUAACUGCAUUGGUUCUAGGUUUGCUUUACUGGAAACCAAAAUUGUGAUCUUCCACAUUUUAAAGAAUUUUGAAUUAGUUCCAGUCGAAAAAAGUAGAAUUCCUCUUCAGAUAUGUAGGAAACGCUUUAACAUGACCGCUGAAGGUGGUUUAUGGUUCGGAUUGAAACGAAUCAGCGAAUAAAGUAUACUGUGGCAGUUGAAAAAUUAAAAUUGUAUUAUUAUUUUUAUAUUAUAAUAAAGAAUAGCAUUUGUAAAGUAGCAAUAAUACUAAAACUAAAAUCUUCUACCUUAAUCCUAUAUGUUACAACUAUUCCUCCUUUGGUUUGGAUUCCCGUAAUUGUAUUGAUUCCAGAUUUGCUCAAAUGGAGA